AUGGCUCCAAGUUUGCUAGACUCAAAUAGAUCGGUCGAGAGUUUCACAGGCCAUCAAACCACUAAGUCUGUUUACUCGUCUGAAGGCUUCAUUGAACUUGAACUAGGCCACCACUGGGCCAGCACGAAAGAGACUAAAGUAUCGCUGGCGCCUAUCAAGGAAUCAAAGUUUUUGAAAGCCGCAUGGAUUCUUACCCUUCGUUGUUUCCACCCAGAGGAGGUGAUGAGCUUGAGCUUUGUUGAAGAAUCGAUUCCGAGAUCUGAUCCCCCGAUCACUUUCACCGUGCGAGUGAAUCCAGAUUGGGAUGUAUCGUCACUUCUCGAAGCUCUGGAGAUGAAAGAAUUCAGCAAAGUGACAAGUUCGUCACAGUCUUAUGGUGCUCGACUUUCAGAUCUCCCUCAGUCCCGCCAUGUUUGUAAUUCAGCACUCAGAUAUGUAACGAUUCCAGACCGACUUUUGACACCAUCGACUUCACUAGAUGCAAAGCUAGAGCUUGUCGUUGUCAAGAGCAAUGACCGAAUGAGCGCUGGCAUCAGGAAUUCGGAAAAUGCCGCAAACUACUUAAACGACAGCAUGUUGUGGACUUUUCAACAAGUCCUGCAUCAAAUUACCGCACAUCCUGUGAGCUUCAAGCUCGAAGCGAUUGAUUACUGCCCGGAGCCGCAUCGAAAAGCAAUUAAGAACCUUACGCGUACAAAAGCGACCUCUAGCUCUAGAUGUCUGCACGAUUUAAUCGUGGAAAAUUGCCACAAAUAUCCAACAAAACUUGCAGUUCGCUCAUUUGAUGGCGACUUGACUUAUCAGGACUUGAAUAAGUUGUCGCUCCGACUAGCACUUCACCUCAGUCGAUUGGGCGUACAGCCCGAGACUUUUGUUUUGAGUAGCUUUCAGAAGUCAACGUGGGCAAUCGUAGCGCGAUUGGCCAUUUUGCGUGCAGGAGGAGCCUACAUUUCGAUCCACUCCAGCAAUCCACCAGCCUAUCUCAAUUCAGUAAUAAAGCGCACCGGUGCCAAGAUCAUGUUGAGUGACCUUGGCUUUGCAGAGCAUUUCCGCAAUACCAUUAAAACGGUCAUUGCGGUCUCCCCCGAAUGGCUAUGGGCGCUCCCAUUGGGACCGCAGUCGGCUCUGUGUCAAACUAUCCAGCCAUCCAAUGCAUGCACGGUCCUGUUCACCUCUGGGAGCACCGGCAGGCCAAAGGCCAUUUUGCAAGAGCACCGGUCUUACGCCUCCGCUAUCAAAGACUACGCGCACAACCUCGGUCUGAAUGAAGACACCAGGUUCUUGCAUUUUGACGAUUACGCAUUCGACAUUAGCAACUUGGAAUUCUUGGUUCCUCUUAUUGUAGGAGGUUGCUGCUGCGUACCAGGUCCGAUGAAGACUGUCCAGGAUCUGGCCGACAACAUCCAAAUGCUCAACGCCAACAUUGCCUUCCUCACACCUACCGUGGCUAUAAAAGCAAAGCCAGAAGCAAUGAGCAAUCUCAAGAUCCUAUGCGUUGGUGGAGAGCCUCUUCCGAAGGAUCUUCUGAGCAAUUGGGCUGAAAGCUCGACAAAGUUGAUUAACCAAUUUGGCAUGGGCGAGGCAGCAGUUUGUUGUGCAUACAAUGACAAUGUACAUGACCCUAGUAGCUCGCCUGCGACUAUCGGAAGGCCGUCUAGUGGUGCGAUCUGGAUUGUCGACCCAAAAUGCCCGGCGAAGCUGAUGCCAAUUGGCGCCGUCGGGGAGAUUGUGAUCGAGGGGCCUCAUCUUUCAAGGGGCUAUCUUGACCAGGAUCAUCAAGCAUCAGACCGCACUAAGCCAGCUGGAUUUCUUGCGGAGAUACCGUGCUGGUUGAAGGAGCUUCAUCCAGAUCGACAAUCUGCCCGCUUGUAUCAAUCAGGAGAUCUGGCACGAUGGACCCCUGAGGGACGGAUUGAGUACAUUGGACGGAAAGACACAAUUGUAAAGCUGGACGGGUGUCGAAUUGAUGUCAUUGAGGUCGAGCACCUUGCGAGAAGAUCUCUCACAUCUAAAGACGCCAUUGUGGUAGAUCUUCUCGGUGUCAUUGACGGCAAAGAAGAUCCAUGUCUUGCUGCAUUCUUGUACCUCAGUGAUCACCCAGAGAACUCUGAAACGGAAGAGCUCUGUCUCAAAGACGCAAGUCAAGAUCAUGCGGCCUGUCAAAAGGUUGCCCAAAUCAAGGAAGUUCUUGCCAUAUCCCUCCCGCUCUACAUGAUCCCGACGUUGUUUUUGCUAGGCACACGAGUCCCACGAACACCUUCAAAAAAGACUGAUCGCAGAAUGAUCCGACUGUUUGCACAAACUUUUUAUGCCAAAGAGCGUGAGACACGCAGCAGUCCUGCCUCCCAUCUUGGAGACACACAGCUUCUCCCUCCAUGA